GCAGUUAAGACCGAUAACCUUCUUGUGUUUACAUUUUGAUGUAAGGAAAGAUCUGAAAUUUUCAUUAAACAUUUACGAUGAAUAUCGAUUUCGGUGAACUCAAAAACGACGAAAGCUUUAAAUCAAAAGUUAAAAAUGUUGCAGAAUCAAUUGCGGAAAUUGAGAAACUAGUUGAAGAAGCUUCAAAAGUAGAUUAUGAAAAACUUACCAUAGAAGAUAAGGUUAAAUUUGAUUUGUUUAUGGUUUACGCUGUCAACUCUUUAUAUUGGAUGUACCUUAGAAUAAAUGGAGAAAAUCCGAAUACACAUGGUAUCAAACAUGAACUUAGUCGUGUGAAAGAUGCAAUGGAACGCCAGAAACAAAUUCACGAUCACAAAACUAUCCGUCCAGUAUUGCAACAAGAUGCAGCAAAGAGAAUGGUGCGCAGUGGUCUUUACGACGUUCAAAAGAAAAAUGAAGUUAUUAAAAAUAAAAGACAACUAAAUGAUUAUACAAAGAAAAUUCACAUUCAUUCAAAUCCUAAUCCGCUGAACAGGAAAAGAAAAUUUGAAGACAAUUGAAUAUUACUUAUUAAACAAUUGAAUACAUUUUAACCUUUUUUAUUUUCAAAUAAACGCCUUUUUGUAAAGAAAAUUGAAUAUAAGUCGAACACA